UUCAGUCCACUGCUGCCGCUGCUGCUUGCAGACAGACAUAAACGAGCGCGCGGGGGGAGGAAACCUCACGACUCUCCACCGACCACAACAACCAACCGUCUGACUCCUAAACAGGUUUUCAGAUUCCUGAGUAGACAAAAAAAAAAAAAAAAUCUCCGGUCUGACCUGAAAAUCUGCGGACUGACUGUAAGGGGCAUGCGUGCAGCGCAGCUACAGAGGAACUCUUUAUGAACGGGCUGAAGUGCCAAGAAGGAUUUCCAUUUCUCCCACAGCUCCGGCUUUCUUCUCGCUGUCGCGCAGGAACGACGCGUGCUUCACUGGACUUAUAAUCGACCAGCGAAUUUCCAGGCUGAUGAAGCACUUUGUCAGCCCUUAUAUUGUUCUUUGCUUUUCUGCAGCCCAGGGAGAAACCUGCAAAACAUCACUAUAGCGCAGUGGUGAUGGACAUUCGCUUUGGCGUCUCGGUUAUGCACGCAUUGUAGUCAUUGUGCUUUUUUUUCAAAGGCGCUACUUUUGCACACAUCUCUCGCUCGCCUGACUUUCUUUAAAGCUUAAAAUGUUUUGUCGGUGUGUAUGAGCGAUGGCGUCCGAACCGCACCAGGUGACGGAGAGGUUAUCUGCACGUUUGGACCUGUUCGCGUGGAUAAUGAGAAUUUAUGCCACAGGUGAAUGAAUAUUUUCUGUUUUGAAGCCGCUUUCUGACUCUGGCAUACAGCUCAAGAGGGCUGCACGGUGAACAAUGGAUCUCAAAGUGGAAACAGAAGAAAUGGAGUCAAAUCAACCUCCACCCAUAGAAGUUUUUGCGCACAGCUCGACCCUGCACGGAAUCUCUCACAUCUUCACGUACGAGCGGUUCUGCGUCAAACGCUGCCUGUGGCUCGUGUUUUUCUUGGGCUCUCUGACCUUCUUGCUGUACGUGUGCGUGGACCGGAUCCACUUCUACCUCGAGUACCCUCACGUCACCAAACUGGAUGAGGUCACGACCCCGAUCAUGACGUUCCCCGCCGUCACUUUCUGCAACCUGAACGCUUUCCGCUUCAGCCGCGUGACUCGCAACGACCUGUACCACGCAGGGGAGCUGCUGGCCCUUCUCAACCAAAGGUAUGAGAUCAGAGACAUGCACCUAGUGGAGGAGAGCGUUCUGGAGAGUCUCAAGGUCAAAGCCGACUUCCACAACUUUAAACCGCGACCCUUCAACAUGCGGGAAUUCUACGACCGCACCGGCCACGAUAUCAGUGACAUGCUGCUCUCCUGCCACUUCCACGGCACCGAGUGCAGAGCAGAGGACUUCAAAGUGGUCUUCACUCGCUAUGGGAAGUGUUACACCUUUAAUGCUGGCGGUGAUGGGCGCCCUCCCCUCAUCACCACAAAGGGAGGUAUGGGUAACGGCCUCGAGCUCAUGCUGGACAUUCAGCAGGAUGAAUACCUGCCAGUCUGGGGAGAAACAGAUGAGACUUCGUUUGAAGCUGGGGUCAAAGUUCAGAUCCACAGUCAGGACGAGCCGUCCUUCAUUGACCAGCUCGGAUUCGGAGUGGCACCCGGGUUCCAGACAUUUGUUUCCUGCCAGGAACAGAGGCUGAUAUAUCUCCCUCCACCCUGGGGGGACUGCAAGGUGACGCCCAUGGAGUCGGACUUCUUUGACACUUACAGCAUCACAGCCUGUCGCAUUGACUGCGAAACGCGCUACCUGGUGGACAACUGCAACUGUCGCAUGGUGCACAUGCCUGGCGAUGCCCCCUACUGCACCCCCGAGCUGUACAAAGAAUGUGCUGACCCAGCUCUGGAUUUCCUGGUGGAAAGAGACAAUGAUUUCUGUGUGUGUGAGACGCCGUGCAACAUGACCAGAUACAGCAAAGAGCUGUCUUUUGUCAAGAUCCCCAGCAAGGCCUCUGCUAAAUAUCUUGCAAAAAAAUACAACAAAUCUGAGCAGUACAUUAAGGAAAAUAUCCUGGUUUUAGACAUCUUCUUUGAAGCUCUCAAUUAUGAAACUAUUGAACAGAAGAAAGCAUAUGAAGUGGCUGGACUUUUAGGUGAUAUUGGUGGUCAGAUGGGACUUUUUAUUGGUGCAAGCAUACUGACUAUUCUGGAGAUAUUUGACUACCUUUAUGAGGUAAUGAAGUACAAACUGUGCCGCUGCUCCGAUAAGAAGCACAAGCAUAACAACAACAACGACCAGGGAACGGUCCUGAGCUUAGACGAUGUCAAGUGUCACGUCAGUAACUUUCACUAAGCUUCUGCAGCCGGGGGCAGAGAGCCGCCGCACUCUCUUGUUUGUGAGCAGCUUCGUGGACUUUGUUCUUUGCAGGUUUUCUUUCUUUUCCCACUGCUGGAACAACAGAGGAAGUGUGUGAACUGUGCCUGAUUAAGGUGUGUAAGCGACAUGAUGAAAUAGGGACGUGUGGCUGAGGUAAGCGGACGGCCACAGAGACGCGAGGGCAGGAGAAGCAAGAGAAGUAAAACAAAAAAAUGUUAGAAUAGCUGCAUGGUCUUCUGUAAACACCUUUUCAAGACAUAGUAACAGAUACAGUAAAAGGUUACACAGGUUCAUUAUGUGUUCAGUAAAUCAGUGUUAGAAAUCCCAGCAAUGUGGUGUCAGUUUGACUGUUUUUGUGUGAAAUAGUUGUUAAUUUACAGGAAUUUUCUGUGCCGCACACAUUUUUUUUUUAUUCGACUAAACCAGCUUUCUCUUUUACUUACAGCUGUCUUUACUUACAGCUGUCUUCCCCUGUUAAACUCAGCGCAUUCUGCCAUCAUACUGUACUACCUCGUCUCGCAGGAUGACAGUGCCAAAAAUAAUUUAGGAGCCAAGUAAAACUGACUGACAAAAAGGUAAUUUUCAUGUAGAGUAGGCGGACAUUAAAGAAAGCCCAACAUUUUCUUGAAAAGUAGUCGCAGGUGGUUUUCACAGAAAGCAUUUUGAUGCGUCACAAUAGGUAAAAGCACAAAUGUAAGGAUAGCUGAGAUCCAUUUACUACUUUUAAUUAUGGGUUCCUGCAGCUGGAUGAAUAAAACGUAAUAAAAUCUCAGUCACUGUGACACUGUCAUCGCUUCCCACCGUCGCCACAUGCUUGCUCAGAGGGCAUCAUCUGUUCACUGAGGUUCUGUCUUUCUUAUUGUAGGGUCUUUACCUUUCAAUAUAAAGCACAGUCACACAUCUUUAGUUGUGAAGGGGCACUAUGUAAAUGAAACUGAACUGAACUUUUUAAGCCUGAUAAAAUUUAGUACACCCCAAAUUGUAUUUAAUUUUAUAGAUGUUAAAUUGCUCAUAUUGGUGUAGCUAGGUCUGUUUGUAAAUAGAAAAAGAUUAAAUAAUAAGAGUAAAUGUAAGCUCUGUGAAAGUAGCUGUUUUGUUUUAUGGUAGUUAUUUUCUGUCACAUCAAUCCUGAGGUAAUGGUGGAUGCUCAUAGUAAACAUGGCCAGAGUUUCAGAUAUGUGUAAUCCUUGCUAGCAAAAAGGCCAGCUUUAAACUAGUUCAGACCCCACUGUUGUAAUAACCUGAGAUAUCAGGACAUCAGGACAAACCUUCUGUUUGCAAAAGGCAGCCAAUCAGACGAAAGUUGGCUUAAAUGGAGAAGCACUAAGACUUUUUCUUCCCUUGAAGGGAGAGAGUAUGCAAUCGGUUACAUUUGCUUGUCUGUCAGUUAACAGUUUAGCGUCUGCAGUUUUCAAGAUAUUAUUUUCAAAUUUUGUGUGAUGGUGGAUACCAAUAACAGCUCAAGCUGAUUUAAUUUAGGUGGAAAUCGGGUCAAGGUGACGUGAAAAUCAGUAAAAACUUUAUAUUACCCAAUGUUUUUAAUGGCUCGUCUUCAAACUUCACAACAAUACACGAGGACUUUGGGGAUACAAGUACCUAGGCUGGGUAAGCAUUUGACCUACACUGUUAGCACGAAGAUCAAAAUUUCAAGAAUCUAUAACAAUAAUUCCUAUAAUAUAUCAUAUAAAAGGGCAUGGAGGACACUUUUUUUUGCAAUACAACGCCCUAUGGUGUUGCAGUAACACCAUGACAGGCUAACGUUAUCAUAUUGUAAUAAAACACCAUAAAACAUCAAAGUUUUAGUAUAGUCGGUUGCUCUGAGUGCUCUUGUUUUUGCUUUUCAGACAGUGAAUGAACCAAUAAACUACCCAAAGUCCAGCAUAAGACACAUAAAGAAUAAUUUGAACUGUAACUCAUGUAGACCUAUUGUAAUGUAGUCCACGAUAAAAAUACAGAAUUGGAAAUGAGCACUAUAAGCUCUUUCUCACUUUCUCUUAGAAAACGUUUGUUUGCAUCUUUUCACCGCACAUUCUUUGUUAUAACCAGUUUAUGUAUGAGAGUAAAAAAGGCGUACGUAUGAUUUUUAUGCGCACGCACAGUUUAUACAUCCAGCCUCUGAUGUUGCGCAUGGUGUCGCACUUUGGCCCAUCAUAUGAUGCUUGUAAAUGUUAUCAGUAACCUGUGUUUUUCCUGCUGUAACAAGUUCAAAUGCCCGCUGUGAAAAAGGUCUGCCAAGGGAACUACUUGGGUUAAAAACCAGUUGCUAGAUUCCCCGCAAAAAUGAUGUAAUCAAACAAUAUGACAAAGAGACUUAAUCAUCGUAUACUGUAUAGCUUUACUGUAGAAAUGAGAAAUUUAUUAACACAUGAUGCCAUAACAUUCGUUUAAGAGAAUGUCAUUCAUGUUUACAUGCUUUUUGUCACAUUUUAAGGAAUUUUGAUUCCGUUGUGUCAACAAGGCUGGAUCAAAUCAACUAGGAUCAAUAUUUUGAAUGUUUUUUACUUUCGAGCGCUGACUUGCAUGUAGCACUGUACAGCAAGCAUCCUAUAUGUACAGUUCAUCACACCUGCAGUUUGAGCCUUCUUCUGUCCUCGUGUCUGGGUGCGUUUUGUGAGCAUGUAUUCAUUUGCGUUUUUACAGCAAUGAAAGAAAAGUGGAAAGAUCCUGCCCUAAAAUGCUCAACAGUGAGUGUGGUGUCAGGUAGAUGGUGAAAAUCUGAUCUCUGCAGAGCAAGUUUGAGAGUUUCCUUCAUGAUUGUGUAUAUACCAAAAUUAGGGAUGCACCGAUAUAUCGGCCAAACCUCAGCACAGCCUGAUCUCGGCCUUGUUGACCAUUCACUUCUCUGCAAACAAGAAUGUAUUUAUUGACGUGAGUGUUUUCUGAUCUUUUUUUCACAAUGCCUAAUGUUUAAGAUGGCGUGUCAGUUCUGUUAUUGAAUAUUUGCUUGUUUUCCUGACACAUGAAGGAAAAGCAAACAAGAACAAAACAUGGCGUGCCCAGAAGUUCACAGUCGGUGCAUCCCUACCAAAAAUCUAACAUUGUUUAAUAUUCUGCUCCUUGUUGUUCUCAACAGGAAGUGGGAUCUGAUUAGCGUGUAGCUGUGUGGUGUUACUAUCAAGCACAAUUAUUCCAUCAGUUGCAAUUUAGUGUAAAUAUUACUGUUGACUGUGGAUAAUAAUCCUUGUGUAUUAGCAUAGUCUGGUUUGUCUAAUGGUGUACUUAAUGGAUUUAUUUCAAAGAAACUUGCUGUGUGUCUCAAUUCAUUUUUUCUUCUGUAAAUGACUGUAAAUUUGUUUAUUUGUCAAAGACGGUAAUAAAGUAGGGGGGGCUGUUUGUUUGUUUUUUUUUAUUAAUAUUGCUAGAGUCGAGUCACAGCAGCCGUUCUCAUCAGUACAUGAGAAUUAAAUAGCCAGACUGUUGCUGCAUGAGGUCGCCCAGCUUACUGCUUUUGUUUUUCCCUCCGUCUUUACUUUUGCCUUUUCAUUUGUGAUAUGAAAGGACAGCUGUUUUAGUCUGGUGAUGUAAAGAUGAAUAAUGGACUUGAAUCGGUUGUUACAUUAAAGA